AUGAGUGGUUUUAUUAUCCCAAAUACACCCAUUGCUGUGGAUUUCUGGCAGAGCAGGAGGUGCAAUCAUGUCCGACUCUUCUUCCUGACCCACAUGCACAGUGAUCAUACUGGUGGGUUGUCUUCUACGUGGAAACAUCCUGUGUACUGUUCACCAGUCACUGCAAAGCUUCUCAACCAUAUGCUGCAGGUAAGAAUACAAUCCAGCCUUGGUUUUUGUUUUAGUUCUAUGUAGCACUCAUUUGUAGGUAGACAUCAAAGGCAGGGGCGUAACUAGAGCAUUUGGCACCCGGAGUGAGUCCUAUUUUACACAGUUACAGGCAGACAGUCAAACACACAGGAAAUCACACAGGCAGACAGUCACUCAUACACACAGAUUCACAGACAGUCAUACACACAAUCACAGGCAGACAGUCACACACACACACACAAACAGUCACAGACAGUCACUCACACACACACACACUCACAAUCACAUGCAGACAGUCACACACACACACAGGCAGACAGUCACACACAAUCACAGGCAGACAGUCACACAUACACACAACACAAUCACAGACAGUCACACACACAUACACAAUCAGAGGCAGACAGUCACACACAGAAUCACAAUCACAGUCAGUCACACACACACACACACAGUCACAGACAUUCACUCACACACCCACAAUCACAGGUAGACAGUCACACACACACACACAGUCACAGUCACUCACACACCCAUUAUCACAGGCAGACAGUCACACACAGGCAGACAAUCACACACACAGAGUCACACAGACAAUCACAGGCAGACAAUCACAGGCAGACAGUCACACACACAGGCAGACAAUCACACACACACAGUCACACAAUCACAGGCAGACAAUCACAGGCAGACAGUCACAAUCACAGUUACACACAGCACACACUAGCAAAGGAGGAGUGGAUUCAGUCCUGCCAUGCUGUAGUUGGGGAAGCAGGGACUCCUUCCUGCUUCCCCUCUGUGUGCAGCAGUAUGAGGCUGCAUUUAGCUCCGCCCCCACGCCCGAUCAAACGCCUUUUCGGCGUCUGUAGAGAGGAGGAGGGUUAGCCGGGUGGUAUCACGGAGCUGCAUGGAUCACGCUGAGUGCCCUGAUGGUGUUGUCACGCGCUUCUCUACCAGGUAUGAAGCUCACUUGAUUGGGAUGGACCAGGUUCGGAAGCACUCUACCCACUCGCAGAGCCAGGACCUUUGUAAAUAGCUGUCCACGUUAAGGAGGGAGAUCGGCCAGUAGCUAGCACAGUUGGUUGGGUCCUUCCCGUCCUUGGAGAUAAGUGUAAUGGUCGCUGCGAGCGCAUCGGCUGGGAAACGCCGAUGGAGUGCCCGGUGCCUUAUGUGCCUUAGAGACCUUUAGAGCCAACUGCAAUUCAUCCAGGAUGAUAGGAACAUCUAUUUUCGACUGACGUGCUGUUGUAGAUAUUCAGUUAUUUGGGCCAUGCAUCUCUCGCGAGUUCCCAGGCCCCAACAUGAGGGUAGAUUAUAGAGUCCAGUAUAAUAGUGAUGAAACGCGUCUACUAUUCUGUCCGGGAGUUGCGUGGUUGACUGCCCUGGUCGCAUAUUUUAGUGAUAUGGGAGAGUUGCCUCCUCUUCUGUAGAAUUAUGGCAAGCAACCUCCCACAUUUAUAAGAAAAUUCAUAGAAAUGUCGUCGGGAUCUGCGUAUGGUGUGGAGCAGACUGAGACAAGAGCGCAUGAGGGCUCAUCUAGUCUCCAGGAUGGCCUUAUAUGUGUCUUCCGACAACGUGUCCUUAUGCGAGCAUUCAAGUGCAGCAACUUGUAGCACAAGCUCUGUGACCCUUUUAGCUUUGGGCAAUAGCGUAUGAAGAUACCCCGGAUCACACAUUUGUGUGCUUCCUAUGAGAGAAGCGGAUUCAUACGUGGUGUGUCAUUUUCCACAAAGUAAUGUUGUAGAGCUGUUCCGGCUUCCGAUGUCGACUCAGCCUUCUCGAGGAUCUGUCCACUGCCUUUCCUUUGGUUUAAAUAAUGGGGAGUUUAUGCUGGUUAAGAGUGGUGAAUGGUCAGACCACCUUGCUUGCAAGAUGUUGCAAGAUUGAAGAAGUGUGAGGUAUUCCUGAGAGAUAAAAAUAUAGUCUAACCUUCUGUAUCGAUGAUGCACCGAGGAGUAGAAUGAAUAGUCUCGGUCAUCUGGAUGUACUACCCGCCACAUUUCUGCUAUGCCUUGAUCACUGCAAGAUCUUUGCGCAGGUAAUUGGCGGGGAACAAACAAGAUCCUUUCAAUGUGUCCAUCCGAGGAUCCAAUGCCAUGUUGAGGUCCCCAGUCACAAUAAGCAUCCCUUCACGGAAUUGUUCCAGUGCAGCAGGGUACACGCUAAAAACUUGUGUUGUUUAAUAUUGGGUGCGUAUAUACAGGCUAGUUUGUAUAGAUGAACCGCUAUAGUCCGCAAUGCCCCACUCCCGGUAUACCCAACUAAGUGUGUCCAUCUCUGGGAACGUGGCUGCAGUCCAGUCACUGUCAAGGAAGACCAGUCAGAUCAGGUGCUAAACACAACUGAAAGGUUAGGUCAGGUCAACUGCCCUGCACCCACCCCCGAACCAAUCUGAGAAUUUGUGAGCCACCCCAUGAUAUGAGCGUGUCAUGCGUGUAGGCAAUAAAAAGUACAGCAUAAAAGAAAAACUAGGACUAAGCGAUACCCCGGGUCCACCCCGCUUCCCCACCUGGUGCAAUUUGUUAUAGGGCAGACUAUUUUCCGUAGUGCUACCAGUUAGUGUGGUCCAGGGUGUGUGGCAGGUCUAUCAACAUGGAAGAUCUACGCUUGCUAAUUUUGGUUCAGACUAGGCUGGACACAUACCCUUUGUGGUGCUAUGUGAGGUGGGUCUCGGCACUCAGCUGCUAGGUCCCUGGUGUGUCGUCAUAGCAAAUGAAGGGUGUAGGUCAGAAGUAUAUAUGUAGGUUAAUACAGUAAUAUACACAUUGGUAUGCAGGUCAGAAUCGAGCGUAAACCUCUUCAUUCAGUUAACAUUUUCUUUUUUUUUUUUUUAUUCCUAAUUUUGAGUUGUGCAUAAGGUUACAAAACAGGCUUGUGCUGCCAUGACAACAACAACAAGCUACUUCAGCAGACAUAGUAUAAUUACAGCAUGGCAGUCUAAAUAAAUGCACAUUUUUUCUAUGGUUAUGAAAAAUAUUUGGUACAGGCUAGGCACAUAUCUUAUUCGGGUGAAACUUGGUCAUUAAACUAGCAAGACAAUCUAGACACGAGAUUAGUAUCAUGAAAAUAAAAUGGAAAACACACUUAACUACAGUGUUGUUCUGUUCAGAUGACAGAUGCACCAGCUCUGUUGUAGGUAAACUAAGCUUAAACCCAUUAUGAGCUGUGAACUGAGAUGCAGCGUGAACUAAGAGUAAUGGGUCAUUUCUAGAAUGUUGAACCGUUUUUAUAAUAAGUUAUCAAGAAAACACAUGCUAGAAAUAUAGGCAAAAACACAGCAGUAAUUGAAAUAAUGAAAGGUUAAAGACUGUAAAUGGAUGUUUUGCUAGUUUUCAGAGAACAGCUCAUGGAUUAAAAGACAUGGUGGGGGAAUCCAGCUAUAGUAGGAUAUGCCUGAGAGAUGCCGAUCUCCUCUGCGCACCAAAUACAGUGCCUUAGAACCACCGUCAUCUGGGACGUAAGAGGCAUGCGUGUGAACAGGUGCCAGGUAUCUGGCAUAUGUUGGCAGAGAUUAGUGUAUUAGUGUAGUUGGGGGUCAGAGCAUCUCUGGGAGGUAGGCAACUUCAGGUCUGGUCCGGAUUUGUGGUGUCUUGACGUGGAGGUGAAGGCUAGAUAUGGGACGAACUCUCCAUUUCUGCCUCUGCAGCGGGCCCCGUCAUCAGCACCUACUUGGGAAACCGUUGGCGAUGUGAGGAUAUUUAUGUGGUGAUAAAUAUUAAAAUAAUAUUUUCAUAAAAAUUAUCAAAAAUUAAUUUAAGAAUUUUUAUUAUAUCAAAAUCGAUAUCGUGGCACUGUUCCCCGAAUAAUGAUAUAAAGCUGAGAAUUACUCACGAUUUUAAUUCUCUUAGAUCCGAGAGGAAGUUUCACUACAGUGUUUUUACUUCACACAGCAAUCACAAAUUAAUUAUAAAAAUAUAAUUUAUUGUGACAAUAAUAAUAAAAAUAAUAACAUGCAUGACAAUAAUCAGUGAAUAUUUAGGUAUAACAUAAGUAUACAAUAUGGCAAUGCUUUCACAACAUAGACAGCUAAAAGCAACGGUUGUAUGCAAUUUAACAAUAAAAUUUAUGAUGGGACACUUCACUUAAAAAACUAAUUUACAGAGAAGACAAAACUUCACAGAACACACAGCAAUGCAGCGUAAAGCAAUACAAACUUUGGCUGACAGUCAAAUCAAACUGAAUUAACUCUUCCACUGCUGGCUACAAUCCUCAUAGAAAUAUCCUAUUAUAUUGCAAUUUUACAAUUAAAGUAAUGCUCAUUCAAAAUCAUUUAACCAUUCCUCUGUUCAUCCAAUAAGAAUAAUUCUACCAAAUUUUACGUAUGCCGAAUUUUAACUUUCCUAAAUAAGAUUCACUAUCUCAUUAUAUCAGAACAAGUCAAUACCUCUGGAUAAUAAUUUGGUAUGCUAACAUUUGGCAAAUUUACUGUUUAUAUAUCGUUAUCUUUAUACCACCUGCAGGAAUGGAAUUUUUAUAACCAUAUAUUCCUUAGUUAAUUAUGAUUUCUAAUAGUUGAAAUCUGACCAAGAUUUAUGCAGAUAUAUAUUCCUGCUAUUAGUAAAAAUAAUUAAUUUAAUUAAAUAAAACCAGCAUAAAUACCAGUUAGGUUGUAGAUUUUCUAUCAGAUGUGUAGAUAUGUCCCAGGAAUUUUGAAUGCAAGUAUGAUGAGAAUUGUGAAAAGUGGAAAAGUUUUCAGAGUUCUGAAAUUGUGUUAGUUGGAAAGGUAAUAGUAAGAAUUAGGUGUGUCCAAGAGAGUGUUGAGAGUUUCUUGAGUACAGUUCAAGAGUCAGAAUGUGUAAGUCCCCGAGAGUUUGAGAGUCAGAAUAUGUUUCCAAAGAGCCCUCUCUCCCCUUUGUCCUUACUUUUUAACCCCUUAAGGACACAUGACAUGUGUGACAUGUCACGAUUCCUUUCUAUUCCAGAAGUUUGGUCCUUAAGGAGUUAAAGGGGAAAACUCUCUGCACGUCACUAGUUGAUAGGACCAAUAGGGAACUGUAGGUGUGUCUUCCCUACAGACUAUCAGCUAGUUUUUGGUCAGUAGAUGGCGCAAUUACAUCAUCAAAAAUGAUUGUCAGGGGGUCCAUUUACCCUUUUGUAUAAUGAGUUAACUGAAUUUUGUGAUGCGUUUGACGUAAUUUUCUUAUCUUUUUAUGGAUUACCGUCCAUCAAAGACAUGUCACUUCAAAGCAUUGGUUUUUCCAGUCAGAACGUCAGAGCGUUCCGUUAAUUUUUUUGAGAAAGUAAAAGUAAUUACUUAGGGUUAUCUGUCAUUUGAUGUUUUACUGUUUUUCUUGUCUUGUUUACAUAAGUCGUAUUCCUUAGCUCAGACUUGAAUGAAUAGAGUGAUAGAGAGAGAAUUCUUGUGUCUGUCUUAGCCUUGUAAUACAAAAUGUAGUCACCUCUGUUCUGAGGGUGACUGGCAGUAUACACUUUUAAUUUCUAUCUUAACAAAAAAUGUCUGCCUGGAUAAAUAUACUGACAGUGAUCACCAUCCUGCGUCCACUCUUGGGGCAUGAGAUUACCAGAGGUGCAGGUGCUGGAACAGUCUGCUUUGCAAGUGUGGGGUUCAGUGUCCUCUUAGAUUUCUUUGCCCAAAAGGCAGCAAAGAUUUCAUCAAGCUUGGUCAGAGAGUGAGAUGCCAGACCACCACAGGCCCCUAGGCUUGCCGACUGAAGUAUGGCAUCCACCAUAUUGGAACUGGUGAUUUCUGGGAUGACUAGUCUCUGAGACAUGCAGUGUUUGUGGUAAGUAUUCUGCUGGUGCCGGGAUAUUCCUCACCGGCGGGGGGAGGGGAGAGGAGAACUCAUAGGUGGUCCUCUGCAGCUUCAGGUUCUGGCUCCAGGGAGCCCCUGGCUUAGUGAUCACCCACGCCUCCAACUAGGCCGCAAGAUGGACUGGUUAUUGCUGUUGCCGGGAUAGAGACCAGAGAGCCCCACCUGUGCCACCACAAGAGUACCAACGAGUAGGGUGAGGAUUAAACCCGGUCAGCCCAGUAGUUGGGCAACAAUACAGCUUAAUUACAGAUUUAUUCCAUGGGGCCUUGGGUUUAUGCGACUUCUCUGCAUGGUGGUCAUGCUCUGCCCCCCAGUUAAAAUUUUUUAGUUAUCCCCACCAUGUACAUCCAUAUAUCUAGCGAGUACACAAACCCAAAGCAGCUGUAGAGAUCAACGUGUCCCAUCCUAGUCUUAGGCCGUCCGGCACUAAGACCCCCCCAUAGACAAUUCCCCUUAUGUGGUAGCCAGUCCCUCUAUCAGCUAAUGUGGUCUAGGGUGUGUGGCAGGUUUAACUACAUGUAAGAUCUGUGCGUGCUAGGUGUGGUUCAGGCUAGGCUGGGCGCAAACCCUUUGUAGUACUAUUUAGGGCUGGUCUAGGUACCCAGCUGCUAGGCUCCUGGUGUGUCCCUGUGGUACAGGCAGUGUAUAGAUCAUGUGUAAACAAUAAUAUAUAUUAGCAUGGCAAAAUUGCCAUAAAUAGUAGCAAAUUGACCAAAAAGGGGGGAGAUACACUAAAUGUAGCAAACUGAAGAUCUCUAAAUGCAAAAGUAUAUAUUUUUUUGUGCACCUGAUAUACUCUUUGUUCUAAUUAUAGAGUUUAUUUACUUUUGCAUUUAGAGAUCUUCAGUUUGCUACAUUUAGUGUAUCUCCCCCCUUUUUGGUCAAUUUGCUACUAUUUAUGGCAAUUUUGCCACACACAUACUUAUAGCAUUUCUUCUGACCAUAUUACUAUUAUUUUUGGACUAGUCAAUUCUAUCUAAUUAGAUCCUAAUUGUAUUACUUGUUUGUUUAGUAUCUGUGUGUUUCUCCCCCAAGAGGGAUUAAUAAAGAGUUUUUCGUUUUUUACUCUCUGCGCUCCACUUUUAUAUUUAUAAUUGCAGAGUAGCUUUUUUCAAAUAAGGAUACAAGGUAUUUUUGGGAGGCAGAUUGUUUAUAAUCUGCAACCCAUUAGUCCUAUUCUCUCUUUGCACUUCUAGGGGUUAGGCCCCAUUGUAUCUCUCAACCAUCACAACCUGGCGGAUGGAUUUGUUCCAUUCCUAACCAGUGCUGUGUUUCUUUCUAAAAUCUGUUAUUCCUCAGCGCCUGUCGGCCCGCCCCAGUGGAGCGGAGGCAUCAUCUGGCCUAGCCGGUUAGUAGAGGGUUGCAGGGUCUCGUCCAUCCUGGGCCCAAGCAGUUCUCCCAGCAACCAGUUGUGAACCCUCAAGGGAGGUAGAUGGAGCACUCUGAGGGAGCGGGGUACAUCAUCUGGGAACUUGAUCGUGUGCCAAGUUAAGCCCUGCCGAGCAUGCAGGCUGAAGGGGAACCCCCAUUUGUAGGGUAUUCCCUUAUCCUGGAGAGCAGUAGUAAGCGGCCUAAAGGCCCGCCUGGCAUCCAAAAUGAGUCACAUGGUCUCUAAAUAUCUUCACUAUUCUUUAGAUAUUUAUUUAAAUUGUGAAAGUCCACCAGUGUUACUUUUUUCCAUCACCAUCUGUGCUUUUACUUUUAGUCAUUUUGUAUCUGGCAAUGCUAUUAGCAGUGGGACCAGGGUGUGCUGGCAUGAGUGUCCCCCUAUCCACAUACAAUUAUAGAACUGUGCAUUUUGUGUAUGUAAAUAUCAUGUUGUAUCAGAGUUUGCAAAAAUAUAUCUCUUGUAAUUUCUCAGGUUGAUAAUAAAUGGAUCAAGCCCUUGGAGGUUGGACAGUGUCAUAUGCUGCGUUUGGAUGAAACUGGGAGAGAAACGGUUACAGUCACAUUAAUAGAUGCCAAUCAUUGCCCAGGCUCCGUUAUGUUUCUGUUUGAGGGUUACUUUGGCACUAUACUAUACACAGGUAAUUAAUAAGCUCCUUGGACACUGGGCUAAAACACUGCCUCAAGAUGCAAUAUGUACCUUUUGUCUCUGGAUUAAGUCAUUUGCUAACAUAAGGUAUGCGAUUCUAAGAUGUGGCUGCAGGUCUUAGAGAAGAGGAUUAUGUGGUUCCACAAAAAAAUAAAAUCUAUCAUAAAAGCAUGUACUUAUACUACUGUUACCCAAAUGUAUUUUCUCUCUUUACACAAAAUAAUAAUAAUUAAAAAAAAGUCAAAACUAUUUUUAGGGUGUAGAAUUUCUGAGACAGAUAAAAAUUACAAAGGACUAGGAAAUCAAGAAGAGGGAACAGGUUCUCUAGUUUCUGAAAAUAACCAUAAGGUAAGUUUCUGACCACAGUGAUCUGAAAGAGGACAGCUGAGAUAUAUCUGAGUAUAUAAACAAGCAAUAACAGCUAGGGGUGAAAUUAGUAUGAUGCUUAACUCCAGUUAAGACAAUUCAAUUCCAUUUGUUAAACACAUAAUCCCCAAUAAAUAGCCUCCUUGAUAAUUCUUUUUUUAUUUAUUUUUAUUUUUUACUGUUUGCCCACUGGCAGUUUUAAUAAAGCACCAUGGGCUAACAUAGAAUUAUGUUCACAUAUUUUUUAUUUAUUUUUUGUGACCUGGUUCUGCUUUCUGAGACUUUUAUUUAGCCUUUUUAGGAAAUGAAAAAAGAAGAUUUAAGAAGAACUAAGAUGUCUAAAGUGAAGUAUAAAUUCCUUUUGUAGGUAUUAGAUUGUUUGAGCUACCUCACUAUUAUUAUUGACACCAAGCCACAGGUGGGGAGGGUUAACUUGCCACAAUUUUAGUAGGUGGAAAAUGGUAUGUCAACCCCCAUCUUAGAAAUAGCCCCCACCUUCUGCCAAUGAAUGUGAACAGGAAAAAGCCUGCCCUUAUUUCUGUCCUCGUUUGACUCUUCCAAGUUGAAUGUACACAUUGAACUGAUAGUCAAAACAUACAUAUUUGUUUCCUGAAGAGCCUAGUUGCCAAAUAGUGCCACUGGCUUUUCGGAUGUAUGUUUGUAUAACCAUGUUCCACUUUACAUUUAAAGUAAUUUUUUCAGUCUUGCUCCAAAUUUGUAUUAUUACUUUUUAUCUUUCAGAAAGGCAUCUGCCAGUACGUCUUUUUUUAUUAUUUUAUAUUAUCUUUGCAUUUUGUUUCUUCCAGUACCAACCAAUUUCCCCCAUAUAUCUAACACUGUGUUUCUCAUGUAUCUUUACAAUCAUAAUUAGUCACAUUUUCUUUCAGCAAAUCACUUGUUCACCCUUUUGCUUUUACAAUAUAUUUCCCCUUUCUUCUUUUUAUUGGUUAUUCAUCCCCUCCUCUUCCCCAAUAUAUUAUAACUUAUAAAUGUCUUUCUCGGUUUAUGCCCGUUUCACUCCUCUCGCUCUCUCCUGUUAGAUUGCCAACAUUAUCUCACAAAUAGUCUUUUUCCCUCUUCUUCCCAAAAAUACUAAUUUCCAUUUUUUUCUAUGGCAUGCAUCUCCUCAGCAAAAAUGAUUUAAUUUGCUAGCCUUUAAUCCAAGAGCCCAAAUCCAAGGUACGUGAAGAAAAAUGCCUAUGAGGAUGCUGCAUAUCACCAUGGUUUGGAUGGGGAUAUGAUGGGCAAUAUGAAGAUGCAAGAGAUUUGUGCUUUUAUCACCAUGAACCAUUAUUACUCUUCCUUUCUUGUAAACGUUCACACUCAGGUAUCACUUAAGAGUGGUCUAGUUCAUUCUACUCAAUCAGAUUAAAGACAGCAGCCUGGAACAGUGACACAAUUUUCUCUUUUCCCUGUAAAUCAAAGUCCGUUGUUUUUAUCGUCUAUUCUAUAUACCACCAUCCAGCAUUUAUGUAGUCUCUCAUUUUUUAUUCUCCUAUACUGUUGCAUUAUACAUACUGGUUAUAUGCAUCCUUUAAUUAGUGCCAUGUUUUAUGUGCACUGUGAUCAAUCGCCUUUUCUCUUAUACAGGAGAUUUCCGCUACAGCCCAUCUAUGCUGAAUUGCCCACCCUUGCAGAACAAAAAGACCAUUGAUGUUUUGUAUUUGGACAAUACAAACUGUAACCCUGCUCAGAAACUCCCCUCUCGUAAGGAAGCAACCAAUCAGAUAAAAGAAAUCAUUGAAAAGCAUCCAGAACAUGAUAUAGUGAUUGGUAAGUGUAGAGGCAUACCUAAGGUAUUUUGCACUCAGGGUGGAUAUGUGAUUUGAAGCCCUUCCCCCAUUUCUUCUUCAAGAACCAUAGCCAUAGCCACCAGUUUAUUGUAGUGGUUAUGAUGUAAGGAGGCUCAUGGAUUCCAAAGCCCACCCCCUGUGGCUGGUACAACAUAAUUUGUACCUCCUUUCCCCAUUUACCCCCAGUUGUGUCCAAUCUUUCUGUCAACCCCCUCAUUCUCAUGUCUGUCCAGGCACCCAUUCUCUGUCUGCCCAUGUUUCUGUCUGUCCAGCCCCCCAUUCUAUGUUUGUCCACCCCAACACUCUGAUAGAGAGAGAGGGUAGGAUAUGACUUUUCAUCAUCAUUGGUAGUAAGAAUUAUAUGAGGAUUUCGAAUUGCAGUUAAAACUUCAGCAUAUCUUUUUAGUAUCAGUAUUUCACUGUAUUGAUUCCCACAGCCUGGAUAUUGUGGAGUGACCAUGCCUAAUUACCAAGCCCUGCGUUUAGUUAAAAAUGCCUGAUGUCUGUAAAUAUAAGAAAAAUGUUAGGUCUUCAAUAAGGCUUAAAGCAACGUUUUGGCUCCUUACUAGAGCCUUUAUCAUGCAUGAAAGCAAAACAUCACUCUAAAGGGAAAUUACGAAAGCACCUUCGUCACUGGGAUUUGUAGAGAACUGCUUGCCAGCCUCUUGCCCUGUGACUAUGGCCCAUGUAUUAGACCUGGAUUCAGGACUGUGGAAAGGCUUUGUUCGUGCUUUUUCCCUUCUACAGUUCAGCAGGCUUAUGGUGUUCGUUUACCGAACAAACAGAUAAACAGCCGGACUAUCCACAAGUGGAGUGUGCAGCCUGUUAACCUCCCAAAAUCUGUGGUUAACCGCAGCUUAAUUGACGAACGGCUGGGUUGUCGCCGUUCGUAUGCACGAACACGUGGCAGCGGCUAUCUUAAACUGUCAAACGGCCAGCAGUGUUUUGUCAUCAAACGCUUGGAAUUAUUUUCGUACACUAUUUCACACGAACACCGCUGGGACUUCCAGCCAUUCGUUUAUUUUUCAUACGAACGCAGUGGCGUUCAGUACAUUGAAGUCCACGAACCAGGGACACACAUAGACUAGGGCCAUUCACCAGUUCCUUCGAUAAUUCGAAUGGUAUUUGAACUAUUGGAAAUAGACCGGCCGCACAGCCUAAUUCUCUGGAACUGUUUUGGGCAUGAAAAUAUGUGUGUGGUCGGUCAAACAAGACUUCCAAGGAACUUUUGAACCCCUGGACCGAUCUGGGUGAUUUUUAAGUAUGCUUUAUAAGGAUAUGUUGUGUUUUGGGGUCUUCUGCACUUUGGAGAAAAUGUGUGUUUUUCUGCCUGUGGAUAAUUAGGUUAUUAUAUUAGCUACUUUAAUUAUAUCCCAGGCAGAGGGGAGGGAUUGUUUGCUGUACAUGGGAGUGUCACAGACUGUAUGUUUGUUCUUAUUGGUCUGUACAGUUGGGAAUGCGGUGUUCCAUCAGGUCCAUGGAGUGUGCCUCUGGCCUGAGGAAUUGCAUAAAUUGGAAGUGCUGGCUUGCAUUAAACAGACUUCAUGAAGUCUUGGCUCAUGUUUGGGGGGUAUUGGAGAACUACCUACUCUCUGGGGAUUGCUAUAAUCACUAUACUCCCCAGAGUAUAAUCACUAAGCUCUUGUAAGAGAGGUACAGCUACGGGAAGCUGGAUCCUGGUCUUGGGUCCAGAGUGGGUGGAAAACAGCAAGACCCCAACCGAGCUGCGGCGGUUUGUGGGGUCUGCGGUGGUUAUGGUGUCUAGUGGAGUGCUUGGAGCCCUCGGGAAGCACUAGGAGCAUCCGUCAACGAAGGUACCCAGUCGGGGUGCCAGGCAAUUCGUUUCAAGGGACACUUCAUAACACCAUAACAACUUCAUCUUAAGAAAGCUGUUAUGUUGCCAAAAUGCCCCCGGCACACUCUUACCUUAAUAGGUUAAACUGUUCCCAAACAACUUAAUCCCAGAGAUAGCCUCCAGCACCGAUCUCCAGCUCUCCCAGGCAUAUCGCUGACAUCUCUAGCCAAUCAGCAGCGCCCCUGCCUGGCGGCACUCCACUCUUCCUGAAACUCAGAUUCAGAACCCAGAUGACACCUGGGGGACCUGCUGAUGAUAAACUCUGAGUGCUCAGGAAAUUUUGUAAUAUUUAAGCUUUGCCUUUGGGUCUUGCCAGCUUGGCCUAAACCAGCCUUAGGUGGUUGUAUUCCUUGAUGUUUGUGUGCCCCUUCCUGAAUUGAAUUCUACUGAUGUCUGUAGGUGCUCCUGAAUGGAGAGUAGCAAGGUGGGUCUGAGAGCUGACCGACGGCAUUAUGGAGUCCCAAGUGCAGGAAUCCUCAGAAAAUAGUAAGAGCUUGCAAGAAGACUUAUGUUUGUGGAGUUACGUUCGCAGAGUUGUGUAGUAGGGAGGGAGAAGUCUGAUGGAAGUUGAGAGUUUUUUUAUAUAAAUAUUAAUUUCCCUGAACUAUAUUUUCUCUAUAUUAAGGGGUUAUGUAGGGGUUACGCUCUUGAGAGGUCACCAAUUUACCUUACCAGCAAGAUGAAAUCUUUCCAGAGUGAUUGCAGAAGCCGGUCAACCAUCUGCCUACUCAGCAGGAACAAACAGAAUCCCGACACCGGUAUCUGCUGGACACGAUCCGAUAUAGGGUCUCUGCUCCGACUCUGGGGUGAGCCCACACGUGGAGGGGAAGAUGGAGAUACUCAAGUUUAGCUAAGGCGGCUUAAAAUCAGCCAACAUGCAUCAGCCCUCGAGCCUUCAAUAAGGCUUAAAGCAACGUUUUGGCUCCUUACUAGAGCCUUUAUCAUGCAUGAAAGCAAAACAUCACUCUAAAGGGAAAUUACGAAAGCACCUUCGUCACUGGGAUUUGGAGAGAACUGCUUGCCAGCCUCUUGCCCUGUCUGGGCAGCUGGUGCACCGCUGCCUCCUCACCUGAUCCUGGCCUGCUGCACCUCCUGGAUGACCUGACCGGUCUGCAACAAUUGCUGACAGCGAGAUCACAGCAGGACUAUACGAGGCCCCUACAGGGCAUUGGCUGACUGGAAUUCAAACAGAGCUUCUCCCUAUUAUAUUCGGGUCUCCAUUAUACUCUGCCUUCACAUUGUUUGCACUAGUUCGGCAUGAUUUACAAUAUAUGUUCCUGUUCAUAACAUACCUUUGAUCUAUUCCCGGGGCAUUGCUAGUCAAUCACCUGCUGUGGGUAUCCUCGGAUGUUCACAUACUCUACUUGUAUCCUUACAAACCAGCUCAAUGCAAUUAAUAGGAUCUAGCCCAUGUAUCUCUCUUUGAACUGACACGCUUCAUUUGUUUUUAUUUCGUUCUUAUUUUAAUUUCAAUCACAUUUAGCAUUCAUUAUUCAGGGUCACAGAGGGUUUCACUAUUUUGGUUGGCAUGAGACAGUUUUCCUUCUCAAGCACCUGUGACAUAGCCCACACUCCCUUAUAAGUUUACAAUGUGAUUGUUUUUCUCACAAAAAUACUGCACAUGUUAAUACUCAACCGUUUUCUCAAGUCAUAAUUUAAAAAUAUGCAUUUCCUUCACUUGCCAUGCUACUAUUUCAUAAUGUAUGAUGUUGUUAAGCUUGUUAAGGCUGAUGUGGCAAUACUGGUUCAAUUGUAAUAAUAUACAAAUCAAAAAGAUCAAGAAAGAUUUAAAAGGGGAUAAAGAGACCAUACAACAAUGUAAAGAAUGUUCAGAAUUACUCCCACCAAAUAUUCACACAGAACAAGGUUCAAUCACUAAAGAAUUUUUCAGUAAACUACUUGAAGAUCAUAAAUAGAUUUUUUUUUAAAAUGACAGUUUCCAUAAAUAAAUUAAAGAUUCUAAAUCAAAAGGCCCAAGAAAAUUCAGAAAAUUGGAAACUUUCAAAUUUGAUAUCUCCAAGUAACAAGAUGCAUAUGAAAUCCUAAAGUGUUUUUUUUUGAGCUUUAUAACAAAAUGGUAGAAUUGGAAGACCGCUCAAGAAAAUGUAACCUAAGAAUUAGAGGGAACUCAGAAGGUCUAAAAGAGGGGUCUAAAAAUGAUGAAAUAAAGUAUUAUUUAUAUGAAUUCUUUAAAGAAGUUUCAGAUGAAAUCGCAGAGAAAGCAGUUUUACUGGUUAAAGCUCACAGGAUUUUCAAACCUGUACAUGCCCCAGACCAUUCUCCAAGGGAUAUCAUUGUCUGCUUUCAUAAUUAUACUUAUAAAGAGAAAAUAUAGAAAGAAGUAGAAUACUGCCAUUUGGCAGUUACGCAGCCAAAUAGCAAGGCGAUCUAAUCCAUUCCAUGCAGCUUGGCACUCAGCAGAACCGGCACGGUCCAGUGAGGAAGGGACGGAACCACCGUCCUGGCGAGGAGAUGCUCUCUCGAGUGUGGCCUGUCGGCGUCGGAUGAACCACAGAUGCAUUGCAGAGAAGAGAUCCUCUUUCAUUCAAGUCACUAUUAUGUCUCUAACACAGGGAUUAAUGUCCUUGUCUCUUCUUAUGUUUUUCAUAGAAAUCAGUGCCCAGUGGAAUUAAAUCCACUGUAUUAUGUGUAAUUUAACCUGCCCAAAUCCUUGGGCAGUCUCUAACCAGCCUGAUCCCACUCAUAGGCAGUCUCCAGUUAGCACAGCAUGCUUAAUUCCAUUAUCACUCAACACCCAGCCUGUACUAUUCAUGUUUAUAUUGCCUUUUGUACUUACAAUUUUUAAUUCUGCCCAAUGUAUUGAAUUAACUUCAUAGCCUGAUCAGAAUAUACUUCUCCUUUGGUAUUGAGUGUGCCUGGCUUUUACAAUUUUUUUAUUGUUGUUUAAUCAUUAAUGCCAGUGCAUAUGUCAUGCUUUGUGUUAUCAUGACCCCUCUAGUUACAAUUCGCACUGAGCAUUCCAGUUUAAUUCCUAGCCUUAAAAAAAAAAAAAAUGCAGACUUCGUACCAAUGCCCUAUUAGACAUCUGUCUAUUCUCAUGUAUUAUUACAUCUUGUGGACAUGUCACUUCAAGCCUGUUUGUUUAUCACUUCAUAUCAUAAAUAAAGAAUGUAAAAUAAAUAAAUAUAUAUAUAUAUAUAUAUAUAUAUAUAUAUAUAUAUAUAUAUAUUCCCCAGGAUAUUUGGAGACCUUUAAAUCCAGAAACAAAGGAUUAUAUAUUUUAUUCCAUUCCGUUUUACUAUUAAUAUGAAUAAAUUAAAUAUGAAUGGAAACUAAAUGAAGCUUAGCCCACCUGAAUUUAAAUCUAGAAUUAAGGAAUAUCUAAAGAAGUUUAAUUUACCUAAACUUUCCGAAGAAGAUUUUAAUAUCUUAAACGCACCAUUGACACAGAAAUUAUUCAAGUUGUCCAAAAAUUAAAAAAUAAAGUGCUGGGUCCUGAUGGAUUUUCUAAUUACAUUUAUAAAAUAUAAAUCUUUUAUAAAGAUUUAGUGCAUUAUUUGCUAGAUGUAUUUAAUGAAAUUGGAGAUAUUAAAAAAAUGUUGACGAUAAACAUUCGUCAACAUUUACCUGAAGCCGUGGUAAAUGAAGGCACCAGUAAAAUAAUUCGAUUUUGGGAAAAAGAAUUAGCCAUGGCAAUUUCAGAUAAAGAUUGGUGCACCUCACUUGCCCAUAUUACCAAAAAUAUACAUAGCUUAAAUUUGGUUGAAUGUCACUUUAAGCUGGUAUAUAAUUGGUACUAUACUCCGUCUAAAAUAGCCAAAAUGUUUCCGCAUUUAGGUGACUCAUGCUGGAGAAGUGGUUUCCGGGUGGGAACCUAUAUGCAUAUUUGGUGGACCUGCCCUGUAGUGAGGCCGCUGUGGGCAUGGGCUUUCAAUAUUUUUUUUACACUAUCCAAUAAUAAAUUAGAAGACCCUGCCACCACCCUUUUGCAUAUAAACUUGCAUUCAAAAUCACUGAAAUUAAGUUGUAUAGCGACGCACUGUUUAGUGGCCGUUAAAAUUAUAAUUGCUAGUAGCUGGAAAUCAUCCAUUCCUUUUCAAAAGAUUCACUUGAUUAAACAAAUUAAAUAUCAACUGACUAUGGAAACCAACCUGAUUAAUAAUGUGUCUAAUGCAAUUUAUAAGAAAGGGAUAUAUAAGAUGUGGUUGGACAAAAUCUUAUUAAUAUGGCUGACCUUAUAUUGCUUAUAGUUGGAUUCUUCAUUAUUCACAAUAUUUUUAAAAAAAUUUUGUUCCCUAUAAGAAUAAGUUGGAUUGGAUCUUGUCCUUAAGUGAUAAAGUGACAGAGAAGGAAGGGAGUAGUGGGAAAUGGUUUCGGUUAUAAGUCUUUUGGACAUAAGAUGGUAGAUUUAUCUGUUAAAAUUAUUUACGACUAAUUUUCUCCCACUCUGAAGGUGUGAAAGAUUGUUUGGGGUUUUGCAUUGUGUGAUUGUUAUUUUUUUUAUACCUGUCCUGUUGAUAUAUGUAUUUAGAUCAGUAAUUAUUGUUAUUGGAUAUGUUUUGUAUAUAUAUGUUGUUAUGGUAUCUGUGAGAUAUGUAAUCUUGAUGACAUUUUCAAUAAAGAAAUAUAUAUAAAAAAAAAACAAACAUUUACCUGAAGCCUGGUAAGGAUAAAACUUUUAGACCUCUUUCUUUUAUAUAUGUUCACACAAAGAUCUAUUCAACUGUUUGGGCAAAUAGAUUUAAAAAGUUGUUCAUUACCCGGUAAAUAGUGACCAAUCAGGAUUUGUUCCAGGGAGAACAGCAGAAGACAAUAUAAGAAACAUUUUAGACAUAAUUUUUUUUGCAUAUAAACAGAGUGGAUCUUGCUGGCCCUGUCGUUAGAUGCCGAAAAAGCCUUUCAUAGGGUCGGCUGGAUGUAUUUAGAAGAGACUUUUCGUCUGAGAAACCAAUUUUUGGACAUGAUCUGGGUUCUUUAAAAGUAUCUAUCAGAAUGCAUACUUGGUUUGGGAAAAUAUAUCUUACUGGUUCUGGGUUUUUAAUGGCACAAGACAUGGGUGCUCCCUGGCCUCAAUGUUGUAUGUCUUCACUUUGGAACAAAAAAUUAGAGAGAACUUAAAAAUAAAAGGCUUCAGGAUGGGCGAUAGAUGUCUUCAAAUAUCGUUGUCUACCAACGACAUACUACUUACUUUAGAGAAACCAGAAUUAUCUUUGAAAGCAUUAAUGACAGAAAUCCAGCGAUUUUCUGAAGUAGAUUUCUAUAAAUUGAAUAUUGAGAAAAGCCAAGCAUUUGCUGGCAUUUAGGUUCUGGACUGUCCCUAUGAUUCUGAUAUGCUUCAGAAAUGUUCUCUCUGUAUUGGCACAAGUGAGCCAAAACUAUUUUAAAGCGGGAAUCUACCGUUCUCUACCGUUCUCAGAGUUCUCAUAUCCUCUGCUUUAACUAUAAACAUUUCAAUGGACAGAAAACACACUGGAAUAUCUAGGUAUAAAAAUUUAAUUAAAAAGCAAUGAUAAUUGAAACUAACUACAAAACAAUGGUAAAUUUAAAAAUAAAAUAAUGAAUGAAAAUAAAUAUUUUUCUUUCUGGAGUUAAUGCUAUGAAAUAUUAUUUUCUCCAUAAACUCACUAUUUUGGUCAAUUCCCCUGAUCGUACCUAAAAAUAUCUUGGCAGAAUUUCAAAAACCUUUUAAUAGCUUUAUCUGGAACUAUAAGAGAGCACAAGUAGCAUUUGGUAUAACCUCAAGAAGUGAAAAAAAUGUUGUCUAUGAGUACCAGACGUAGGCAGAAUAAAAUGUUUGCUCAUGUAGCUAAAUGGUUUUUACAUAUUAACAGUGGCAAUAUUUACAAAAUAAUGUAGUUAAUGAAAAAAAUGUGAGAAUUGUAUUAUGGUGGAAACAAUUGAGUAUGAAAUAGAGAAUCCUCCCCUCUGCCUGUGAUAUAAUUACUGAACACAAUGGGUUAAUGUAAUUAUCACAGGCAGAGAAAUACAGUUUUUACACAUGUACUAUAACUUUAAAACUAUACAUUCAAUAUUCAUAAAAACGACAUAUCACACUUCAAAUAUAAACAUAUCCAAAAUUCAGGUGAUUCCUUCCAGGGGUUAAAAAGUUAGUCGGAAGCCCUUUAUGACAAACCGCAAGCACAUUUUCAUGCCCAAAACAGUUCCAUAGAUUUUGGCUGUGCGGUCAGUCAAUUUCACACUGGAAAAAUGACUGAAAAAAUUUCACAUGCCGAACGGGACUUAGUCUCUGCGGCUGAAAAAUCAGUGUAGGAGAAGGUAAGGGUCAGCGGUGUUCGUGGAACUGUGUAGCCGAUUUCAGUUCCAUGAAUUUGGCUACACACACCGCUGACCGUGUUCAGUUGAAAAAAGAUGGCCGCCAUCACGUGUACGUUUGCAUGAACGGCGGCCCCCCAGCGGGCGGUAAUUUACCUACAGCAGGCUCCCAGCCUGGGAGCUAAAUUGCCUGCUCACUUCCAGUUCUGGGUGAUCCGCCUGUACAGUACUUGGUUCAGUAAGCCCCAUUUACUGAACCAAGUGGGAAAAAGUCAUAAGCAAAGUAUUUUAAAGGUCUGGGGACAUAGUCUUAAAGGGGCAUUGUUCCCAAAAGUCACAAUAUGUCCUCAGACGGUUCUUAAAGGGCUAGCACGGUCCAAUAAAGGGCACCAUCUCCCAGGGGCCAUAGUCAGCAGGCAGGAGGCGGGCAAGCAGCCCCCUCCAAAAACCAGUGGUGAGGUCUCUUUUGCCACAGUAAGGAAUAGUAAGUGGGCUACCUAGCUCAGCCUUCCUACUGGGCAUUGCUAUAAGGAAGGUUAAAAAAUAGAAAAAAGGAAAAAAAAAAGGUGGGGAGGGGAAUUGAGGAGGGAGAGGAGGCGAGCUGAUGCACAGAUGAGAAAUCAUAUUAUGAGCAAACAGAGAAAUCGUCUGAAUAUCACCGAAAGAGGAGACCUUCAUUUGUUCCUUACGAAAAUCGAACCAGAUAUCAAAUAUUUAGUCUCGCAGCAUCAACCUCAAGGAUCUCAUUAAUCACUAGUAACGGUAAUUUCAAUUUACUUUAUUGUUUUCUCAUUAAACUUUAUAAAGUUAAAAACAUUAUAAACAUGCAUAAAGUAGAAAGAUAAAUAUACAUACAUUUUUUUUUUUUAAUACACCCUCCUUUCUAAAAAAUAUUCUGCACUUGCACAAAAACUGGUGGGUGGUAAGGAAAUUUUUCCAUCAAGAAAGAUGCAUUAGUGGGCGGUAGGAAGAAAAAGGUUGACUACCACUGGUCUAGACUAUGUAUUUUGAAAAACGUGUAAUUAAUAUGUAAAGAUUUUGGGAUUUUAGAUACUACUAGUUUACGUAGCAUAUAGUAAUUCACUUAUACAUGUUGUUGUCUGUUAUUAUAGUUUAUGUUUGUUAAAUGUUUAGUGUUUAUAACUCAAAAUGAAAAAUAAAGAAUUAAAAAAAGAAUAUUUCUUUGAUGUUCUUUUUUUUCAUUUGAAACACAAUCAACUAAAAAAAUACUCAGUUUAGUGAACAUCAUACCUGGUUGGAAUACAUGGUUUCUUUGGCUUAACAUUAUGUCAAUAAUAGUGAUCUUGCUAUAUAAAUAUUACAUGCAUGACAGAUAAUCUUAUUUUUCAUCUUUAUUAAUUACAUGGAAUAUAUAAAAAUAAAGGUUAGUUUGAAAUGUACUUUAAACAUUCAUAUCAAACUGUAACUGUUGGAUUCGCCUAAAAUCCACAAUUUUUUCUUUCAGGUCUUUAUCAUAUUGGAAAAGAGUCCCUUUUGGUUGACUUGGCAAAGUACUUUAAAACUUGGGUGAUUGUAACCCCUCAACGUCUAGAACGGCUUAAAAUGCUUGAACUAGAAAAUGUAUUUGAAAUUAAAAAUGGAGCAGGUAGAAUCAUCGCUGUUUAUCUGUCAGAAAUCACUUAUGGCAAUAUGGUGCGUUGGAACCGUGACCAUUCAACUAUUGCUAUUAUACCCACCAGUCGUAAAAUCAAUCCAAACCAUAAGGACAUCCAUGUUGUUCCAUACUCUGAUCAUUCUUCCUUCGAAGAACUUACCGAAUUUGUAUCAAGACUCAAACCUUGUUCAAUUGUUCCUCUGGUGAAAACUGAAAAAUGUGAAACUUAUUUCAAAAGUUACUUGAGUGCUACAAAGAAGCAUGAAGUAACAAUUCCUGAAACUGUAAAAGCCUACAUGAAGAAUCCCAAUAAGAUGGCAGUAGGAUUGAUUAGAUAUCCACUCAGAAAUUUAAUUCGCAAGCGUGCUGCAAAAGGUGUUGAGACUUUUGAAGACAAUUUACCAUUUGUAGUGGAACAUCAGAAAUGCAGCUUAACACUUUAUAAAGAAAAAUACAGUUUACCUAGGAAAACUAUGAAGAAAAAAAACAAGAAACAAGUCUAA